ACAUCGGCUCUGAAACUCGAGGCCGUAUAUCAGUGGCGACUCGUCUUCGCUGAAGGAGUCGAUUGCCAUUGGAUUCACUGGAAUCCAUCACUAGUGAUGUGUGAACUGAUCCCAAGACUCGAUGCAAACACUAGUUAUGAGUACUUUUACGACCAAUUGAUGGUCAAAAACAAAGUUUGUAUAUUUGAAGGCCUGACCAAACACUGGAGAAGUACUCACGAGUGGUUGACAUCGGAUGGCAAACCCGAUUUGGAUGUCUUGAGCCGACUCUUUGGCCAUGCAGUGGUUCCGGUCUCUGAUUGUAAUACAAAGUAUUUCAACUCAAAUGCCAAACAAGAGAUGACUUUCAAUGAAUACAUGGAUUACUGGAGAAGUGUUCAAAAACUUGAUUAUAAUUACGAAUCAAACGAUACGAAGAUAUUAUACCUCAAAGACUGGCAUUUUGUCAAUCAGUUCCCCGAAUAUAACGCAUACGAAAGACCCGUAUAUUUUGAGUCCGAUUGGGUUAACGAGGCCUUCAUUGCGGACCAAUUGAGUGAUGACUUCAGAUUCGUAUAUAUGGGACCAAAACACUCCUCCACUCCAUUACAUGUGGAUGUCUUCGGAUCGUUCAGUUGGUCGGCGAACGUAUGCGGGGCUAAGAAGUGGCUCAUUAUUCCUCCGGGAAAUGAAAGCAGAAUAAAAUCCUUAAACAACGACGAAAUGCCCCACAGUUUUCAUUCAAUUGACAAUUCGUGGACUCAUUUAAGAGCAAUGAAUGGCUACGAAGUGAUCCAAAAACGGGGAGAAAUUAUUUUCAUUCCCAGCGGUUAUAUCCACGAAGUGGUCAACAUUGAGGACACCAUUUCUAUUAACCAUAACUGGUUUAACGGCACGAAUAUUCUUGUGAUUGUUUCCAAUUUAAUGAUAGCCCUGCGAGAAGUAGAGACAGAAAUAUCCGAUUUGAAGACUAUUAUAGACUCAGAGGAAUGGCAUAAUGAAUGCCAGAAAUUACUUAAAAUGCAUUUCGGUAUGAAUUUUACCGAAUUGUUUGAUUGUUUGCGACAAAUAUCUGUGAGAAUCAAAUUGGAAGCCAUGGAUAAAGAUAUCGAUACUAAUGGCUAUGCAUUUAGAUUAACAUCAAUUGAUAAGAAGUCUCUUAUUUUGAAAGAGCUAUAA